CACGAUGGCGUGCCUAAAUACGCUGAAGCUAGAAAUCAAAACUCUCGAGCAAGUCUUCCCGAAGAACCACGAACGGUUCCAGAUCCUUAGCGCCACGGUGGACGAGCUGUGCUGCCGUUUUAUCGGGCGCAAUGGCAAGCAAUACGUAAUCCAUGCCAACAUUACGGAAACGUAUCCAUCCACGCCACCAGUAUGGUUCGCCGAGAGCGAGGACACAAGUAUUAGCAACGCUGUACAAAUACUUACGAAUACGAAUGGUUUAGAUAAUCACGUUGUAAAUCAGGUACACAUACUGCUACGCGAACUCUGCCGGCAGCACACGGUUCCACUACCUCCCGACCUGGAAACGCUAAAGAAAGCCUUCCAGCCGAACGGUGGAGCGGCCGGGGCACACCUACAUGCAGCCGCCCAUCUCCAGCACGGUAUGCCACAUCAGCAGCUUCUUCCCGCGCACCAGCAACAGCAGCAACACCAGCAGCAACUGCAGCUGCAGCAGCAGCAGCAACAGCAGCAACAGGCGAUCGACGAGAUCGACUCCGACUGUGAUGAUAUCGAGGAUGUGGUCGGCGAAAGCGACCAGGAAAGCGAAGGCGAAGAGGAUUUGCCCCUCGAGAUGGACGAUGGCCGUAGCACGGCGAAGAAGGACGAAAUGGAAGUAGAACAUUUAGCAACACUGGAAAGAUUAAGACAAACGCAGCGGCAAGACUAUUUGAAGGGUUCUGUGUCCGGUUCGGUGCAGGCGACGGAUCGACUGAUGAAGGAGCUGCGCGACAUCUAUCGGUCCGAUUCGUUCAAAAACAACAUGUACUCGAUAGAGCUAGUGAACGACUCCAUCUACGAGUGGAACAUCCGCCUAAUGUCGGUCGACCCGGACAGCCCGCUACACAACGAUCUGGUACUGCUGAAGGAGCGCGAGGGCAAGGACAGUAUACUGCUUAACAUAAUGUUCAAGGAGACGUACCCGUUCGAGCCACCGUUCGUGCGUGUCGUGCACCCAAUCAUAUCCGGCGGCUACGUUCUGGUAGGUGGUGCCAUCUGCAUGGAGCUGCUCACGAAACAGGGCUGGAGCUCGGCUUACACCGUGGAGGCAGUGAUCAUGCAAAUAGCGGCCACACUAGUCAAGGGCAAGGCGCGAAUACAGUUCGGUCCGACGAAGUCUCUUUCACAGGGCCAGUACAGCUUAGCUAGAGCGCAGCAAAGUUUCAAAUCGCUCGUGCAAAUCCACGAAAAGAAUGGGUGGUUUACACCGCCCAAAGAGGACGGUUAA